UUGCUGGUCGAUGCGUUUAAUCCUUUACAGUCGGAGCGGUACGAUCUGUUCAAGCGAGCGAAACUGAGGAAAGAGACUCUGCGACGUAUUGUGAAUCAUGCGCUAUCACAAUCCGUGCCGGCGAGUGUGGUUACUACGAUCAAUGGAUUUACGAAGGUGUUUGCAGGAGAGAUCAUUGAAAAGGCUCGGACGGUGCAGGCUGAAUGGGCGGAGGCACAUGAUCAGACUGCGAUAGCUGCUUUUGAAGCUGAGGAGGCCGCGACAAUGGCGCGAGCUGCGAAUGCAUCGGCUUCUGGCACACCAGGUCCCGGUACGCCGGGGCCCGGCGGACUGUCUCAGGUGAAACAUGAAUCCUCGAUUUCCUCGUCUUUCCCUCCCACACGUGCCUCCGGGACACCAGUGCCAUCCGGUGUAGCAGGUUCGCAGCAGACGGUGAAUGGCACUGCACAAUCUACACGGGAGAGGAUAUUCAAGAUGCCUCCUAAUCCUCACCGGGGACAACUACUUCCGUCGCAUUUGCGAGAGGCUUUACGACGCUGGAAGCGGGAUGGAGAGGGAGGCGGGGUCGGGUUCUCCGGACUGAGUAUGGGCAAUCUGGGAGUUCGGGGAUCGGUGACGUGGGGAGCAGGCAGUGUUGGUGGACGACGCAUUUUCCGCUAA